AUGCCUCGCUCUUUUCUCGUGGAUUCUUUGAUUUUAAGAGAAACUAAUGACAAGGGGAGCGAGAACAACCCUCCGCUCUUUCCUUAUGCGGUGCAUUCUUCACACCACCCGCACGCACUGCCAGGAGCGUGCCACUCGCGGAAAGCCGGGCUGCUGUGCUUCUGCCCACUGUGCAUCACCGCCACCCAGCUGCACCCAUCACCGCCCGCACUGCCGCUGCUGAAGGCGUCUUUCUCUCCCUUCAGCUCCCAGUAUUGCCCAUCUCCACUGUCCCGCCACUCAACGAGUAACGGCGUCAUGGGCCACGCGCCCGGCCUCUACCAGACGGCCUACUCCGUGCCAGACCCCCGACAGUUCCACUGCAUCUCCAUCGACAGCAGUAACGGAAAACUUCAGAGCAGCAAACGCAUGCGCACAGCCUUCACCAGUACACAACUUCUGGAGCUGGAGCGCGAGUUCACGUCCAACAUGUACCUGUCCAGACUGAGACGCAUCGAGAUCGCCACGUACCUGAACCUGUCAGAAAAGCAGGUCAAGAUUUGGUUUCAGAACCGCAGAGUCAAGCACAAGAAAGAGGGAAAGAGCAGUGGCCCACGGACUGGCUCUCACAACUGCAAGUGCUCAGCGGCGAGAUGCUCAGAGGAGGAGGACGACGACAUGCCCAUCUCCCCGUCCUCGUCAGAGAAAGACGACGUGGACUUGUCUGUGUCGCCCUGA